AUGAGAAAAGCUUCUGAAUCUCAGGUAAAGGAGGAUAUUUUGGCUCUUGAGCUUCUAUUAUCGUCCAGUAAAGAAGAUCUUCGGGCUAAGUUAUCUGAGUUGGAAGACAUAAAGUUGAAGCUUCAGGAGGAAGUAGGUUUAAAGGAAGAUAUUAAAGCUAAACUGAAAAGCCAGGAAACACAACUCUCAGUGUCGCAGGAGGAGCUGGCCAAACUAUCUACAGAUAAAGGAGCUCUUGAAGCUGCUGUUGCUGAGCUAAACAAUAAUGUGGUCCAGAUGAAGGAAUUAUGUAGUGAUCUAGAGGUGAAAUUGCAGCUCUCAGAGGACAAAUUCUGGAAUGCAGAUUCUCUUCUUUCUCAAGCUUUAGCAAAGAGUGCGGAGCUGGAACAGAAGCUUGAAGAACAAAUAAGCACAUUAAAGAAGAAAUGUGUGGCGGCAGAAGCAGAAUCUAAGAAGCACUCUGACAGGGUAUCUGAGCUUGAAGGAGUUGUUGAAGAGCUGAAAGGGAAGUGUACUGAAUUUAAAAAGGAGAAAGAAGGACUAACUCAAGAGAACUCAGAGCUAAAGGGAAAAGUGGCCUCAAUUGGGUCUAAACUCGAUGAUUUAGAAGCCAAAGUGUCAGCUGUAUCUGCCGAGAAGAAUGAAGCAGUUGAAGAGCUUAAAUCCACAAACCAGGUUAUAGACAACUUAAAAGAACAGCUUAGUUCUGAAGGACAGAAGCUACAACUUCAGGAUAUUGGUGGCAGUAGUAGUGAUCGAAAGGCUGACGUAGAGGUGAAAUCUAGGGACACAGACAUUGGACAAAUGCUCUCUACUCCAACAAAGCGAAACAGCAAGAAGAAGUCGGAAGUCUCUUCAACUCAACCAUCCUCCAGUGAAUCACAAUUUCAACACGUCGAACGUUCUGCUGCCAUUCCCCUGAAAUUUAUUUUGGGGGUUGCUCUAGUCUCAGUGAUCCUGGGAAUAAUUCUUGGUAUUAGGGAAUAUUCUGCACAUAUAUAGAGGAUCUACAGGAUAUUAGCAUUUACUAUAAUAUAUCUUAAUUGAUUGUAUGUAUCUUAGGACUUAUUACAUUUCCAUCCUUGUAUUGUAUUGUUAUCGUAAUUGUACUAUAAAUAUAUGAACCCACUGGUGUUGGAUUAUCACACCAGAAUAUAUUCAAUUUGGUAUCAAGAGUGUAAA